UCGAGAGGUAUAUAAGGCGCUGUUGUGGAGUCCGUCGGCCAGAGAAAAGAAAAAGAAAAUUCGACAGAGACCAUGGCUUCCACAACCAGGGAACGAAGGAACAAGGCCACUGGGCCAAAGUCGGUCCAAGGAAAAGACAAGUUUCGAGGACAUACAGGUAGCAAGCGAGGGGGAGCGAAGGAAUUAUCUGUACCUGUGGCUCUACCAGGAAGUGCGACUUCGGCCAAAACCCAAAUAGACCCAUCAACUGAUCACGUGGUCCAAUCACAAAGAAUUCAGGAGCUUAUAAUCACAAUUCAACUAUUACGCAAGGAAAAAGUAAAAAGAAGAAUCUCGCGACAAAAGGGAAGCACUGGAGAAGAAAAAUCUCCAGCCAUUGAUCAAUCAACAUGGGGACAAGCAGCAGUUUCUCUGCCUUCUUUGGAUGGGAACUCCAAAAGUGCCUUUGAGGACAAGCCUGAUUCAGUUGAUGAGCUUUCUUUAGCUGGCCUUGAUCUGAGCAAGGACUCCAUUGACAAUGACGCUGAGUGUAAGCCUACCUCAUUAGUCCGCGAUGGUCCAUAUACAAAAGUAGGAUUCCCAAUUACAGAUGCUGAAAAACUCAGAUCUUAUCUUAAGGCAUUGCCAAAAGUAAAAAUAUGAUCUGAUCUUGAGGAGAUCUCUCGCGGCCAUCGUGUUUAUAUUUGCUAGUGAUGCUUUUGGAUGUUGCCCGUCCUUAUCUUGUCUUGUCUUGUUUGAGUGCUACAUUCUGAGAAUUUCAAGUGCUACAUUCUGGUGUUUUAUCUAAUUAUUGAAACAAAUGCUUAUCCAUCAAACUCUUUUAUUUUCCUAUAUACUAUUAUGGUGUUGUGUAUUCAGGUAUAAGAUAAAGUGAAGUGCUUACAUGUGUUGUGUUUUUA